GAACUUUUGAAUGUCUCAGAGGCGGCUCUCUCCAGUGCCUGAAGCUGAAUGCGAGUUUCCGCCUGGACUACGUCGCGAGUAGUAGUCGGCUAUCUGCCAGAAAAUCGGCCGUGUGUGUCGCGUGGCACGAAUAAAAUGAGUCCUAGUUCUAUGACUGUGGCUAUUGUGAGCUGGACAUGCCAGAAGAAGGGCAAGACGAUGCCAUCUAUGACAGACUGCAUGGUAGAUUUUGGGGCAGAGGGUGUCGGGCAGUGCCUUCGGCUGCGGGUUAGUCCAGAUAUGUCGGCCCUCAAUUUCAUUCAAAUGGCAUCAAGUCUGUCCAUACAUGAGACAUACGACUCCCAGGGUACUGCUCCGCUGUCUUCUAUGCAGGAUGCAAGUGGAAAGACCAUGCGUUGCGUUUUUGGCCCGCCAGUUCGUCAUAUUCCGAUCUUCUGGAUUAGAGCAAAAGCAGUCAUCUCGCUAGGUAUCAAUUCACACGAUGACCCAGAAAAAGAUCUAGUCCCAGGCUAUGCUCUAUCGACUGUUCAUUAUCGUCGCCUCAUGGAUGCAAGCCAUCAUUUACCUGCAGACGCCAGCAGCGAUUAUUUGGUUGCUGGCGCCGUUGGGAUAUCAUAUCCAAAGAAUAUGUCCGGGAAAGGUGCCAUGGGCAAUGGAUAUGAGCCCAUCUUUGAUGUCGAAUGA